AGUGAUAAAUUGGUUUGCGGGAAUGGAAUCAUCUACCUACCUACCCCCAAGUCCCAAAGUUUUAUGGCACACCGUUCAAUUUUACCCAAUCCAACCCUAACCCUAACCCUAAUCCUUCGGAUUUGCCCAAUUGUCUCUCUCUUGUGAAGGUUAUAUACUUACUUCACUCGUCAAUUCCAAAUCAAGCCGAAUUAUUUCCUUUUCCAAAACCCUCCUAAAUUUUCUCGUUCUUUCGAAAUUGAAAUGCAAUUCUCCCAAAUCCAAUUACCACCACAACAACAACAACAACGCUUCAGGACACACCUGAGGAUAUUUUAUAUAUUGUAAUAAUCAUUAUUUUAUUAUUAUUAUUAUAUAUAUUUGUAAUAAUUAAUAAUUAGUAGAGGUGGAUGGAAGAAAGUAGAAGGAAGUAAAGGUAGAGGUUCUUCAAAUCACAUACCCUAAUCCACCACCUACCAUUUCUAAAUCUUUGAUGUGAGGAUUACUGUUAACACAUUUAUAGAUGUUGUGUACCUCUUCUUCAUCUUCUUCUUCUCACUCUCUUUUUGCUCGUCACUCCUUUCUUCCAAUUAAGGGUUUUCCUCGACCCUCAAUUCUCUCACUUCGUCCUUUUCCUACUCAUUUUCGGAUCCCCAAUUCUCAUAUCAAUCCUUCAAACAACAAAUUGAGUAUUCUGUGCUUUAGACAUGAAGAGCAUCAUUCUUCAGAAACGCCCAAACCUGAAAUUAUAGACCACUUUCUUCAUGAGGAUUUGGUGCAAUUUGAAUCCGAGGACCCCAAUGUCACCAAAAGAGACUGGAAGUCAAUCCUUCCAAAGGCUUCAAAUGAAGUAGUCAAUGGAAUUGGAAAUCGAUGGGUUGUACCAUGGACUGCAAUGACCAUAUUACAAGUUAUGCUUCUUUGGACGUCGGCGUUUUGGUUUAUAGGAUCUUGGAUGAUUCCUUUUGCAGCCCAUAUAACUGGCUUUAGCAAGGAUUCUUUGACAUUUAGAGGACAGGCACUAUUUAGCCUUGUCACCGAUGUAACCGAAGGACUAGCUGGAAUUGCAAUCCUUGUUCGUUGUCUUUCUCGAUUCCGCCCCCUUCCACCUGACUGGUUCAAGUUUAGUCUGAAAGGGAAAUGGCAAUUAGAUGUCAUCAUGGGAUGUCUCAUGUUUCCUCUCGUGAAUCGGCUCUCUCAGUUCAACCUUGACCUACUACCUAUCUUGCCGUCUACACAGAUCACCCUUUCGAGCGUUGAACAAUCGAUAAAAGCAAGGGAUCCUGUGGCAAUGUUGUUGUAUGCAAUUGUAGUAUCGGUCUGUGCUCCUGUGUGGGAGGAAAUAGUUUUCCGUGGUUUCCUACUCCCGUCUCUUACCAAAUACAUGCCCGUGUGGUGUGCAAUACUGGUGAGUUCAGUUGCGUUUGCGCUUGCGCAUUUUAAUAUACAGAGGAUGUUGCCACUUAUAUUUCUUGGGAUGGUGAUGGGUGUGAUAUUUACGCGGUCAAGGAAUUUAUUGCCAUCAAUGCUAUUGCAUAGUCUUUGGAAUGGCUUUGUGUUUUUAGACUUGAUGAAAUAACAUAUUUUUUUAAGUUAUGAUUCUUUAGUAAGCAGGUAGCAUAUUUAUGUAGAUAGCAAGCAAUGCCAGACCCUGUUGUCAGGGGUUAUGUUAUGCUUUGGAUCAGCAUCUUUCAGUAGGAAAUGCAUUCUAGAAACAGUACCUAAUUGUUAAGGUACAAUGACCAAAUGCAUGUGUAAUAUGGAUUCUUACAAUUGUAUAUUAUAAAAUUCAGGGACCUACUUUGUUCAUAUCUGAUGAAUAAGCAGUAUUAUUUGAUAGGUACAAUUGAAACUAUUCAUUUAGACAAUCUAUUUUAUUUCCUAAGAAGAUUCAUUGAGGUA